GUGAUCCACGGGGACUCACUUGCUGUCGCUUCCUCCUCCGUGCUGCCGACGUAUGUGCUGGCUAUCUUAUAUUUUAUCUUGUUCAGCCAGGCCGACAUUACCAGAGCCUGCAUUUUCCUUUGCUUACCUACCUCACUCCCUUGGACAUCCACCACUCUAAGUUGCCUGCUAACUCUCACCACCUCCAACAAUGGACACGGGAGCUCCUGCGGACUCGGAAGUUACACAUCGACGACGACAGCCAAGACGUGCCCGAGGAUCCCGACGUGGAGGCGGCGAUGAUGCUGCACUUGCAUUCCGACCUGCCAGUAUCGCACCUGCUGCUCCGGUACAUGACCGGCAGACUAUCCCAGAUGGAGUCGGCCAACGAGGUGGGCGUGGCGGUGGCGGUGGCGGUGGUCGGGGUCGUGGCCGGUCUGGGAGAGGAGGUGGUGGUCAAGCGCCACAGAAUCGCACCACUGUCAAUGGCAGGACGUUUGGAGGCGCUCUCACGCGAGCGGAUACGACCACCUCGCAAACUUCCACGGGGAACCUGCAAGCAGCAGCGCCGGUUUUUGUGCCAGGCCAGCUGCAUGUUCAAAAUGUACCCCUAAAGCAGCCCAUCGAGCGUGAUCCCAGAUCGCAUCGACAGACCAAGCAACGACGCAUGUCAAAGUCCCAGGCUCCCGACAUCGCUACGAGAACCCACGAAGACAUCGAUAAUCGCCAUUACGAAUGUGCCAUCUGCACCAGUGAAGUGCUGCGCAAUUCCAAGGUGUGGUCAUGUCACACAUGUUGGACCGUUUUUCAUCUCAAAUGCAUUAAGCAGUGGUCUUCCAACGCUGGAGCGGCCGCUGCACAGUCAAAUACCAAUGGUGAACCACAGAUGCGGCAGUGGAGAUGUCCAGGCUGCAAUCUACCCAAGGACGACUUGCCUCACUCGUACUCUUGUUGGUGCGAGAAAGAGACUGAGCCGAGACCACUGCAAGGCAUCCCGCCACACUCAUGCGGACAGACCUGCGGCAAAGAGAGACCACGAAAGUGUCCUCAUCCCUGCCAAUUGACUUGUCAUGCCGGACCUUGCCCGCCCUGCACACACAUGGGCCCGACCAAGACCUGCUACUGUGGUUCCCACGAAUCAACCAAGCGCUGCAUGGAGACCAACUACGAGUCCGGCUGGAGUUGUGGUGAGGUUUGCGGAUCCGUCAUGGCCUGCGGAGAGCACACUUGUCCACAAGCAUGCCACGAUGGCCCCUGUGGACCUUGUGAGAUUCGACUUCCCGCAAGAUGCUACUGCGGGCAGAUGGAGAAAGACGUCCUGUGCAGCGAUCGAGGACUGCCUGUGGAAAGUAAUCGAAAACAUAGUCUGUCGGAUUUGGCAGUAACAGAAAGUGCUACAGAUUUGCAAGGAUCGGAAACCGUAUUGGAGACUUGGACUGGGGUGUUUAACUGUGGCAGUACUUGCGGUCGCACACUCGACUGCAACCAUCACCAGUGCGUAAAGAAAUGUCACCCUCAAGACGCGGAUUCUGGCCAUUGUCCGCGAUCACCUGAUGUCGUCACACAUUGCUCCUGCGGGAAAACGCCACUUCACGAGUUAUCGGAUGCUCCGCGAACAUCGUGUGAAGAUGAUAUUCCAAGCUGCUCCAAGCCAUGCGACAAAAGCCUCCCUUGUGGUCAUCCCUGCCCGCAAGUAUGCCACGUUGGCGAUUGUGGUUCGUGCCUACGCACAGUCACCAUCAGCUGUCGAUGUGGAAGGUCAUCGCACACUACCAUGUGCCAUCAAGGGCGAGAUGAGCCACCUCAAUGCAUGCGUAUCUGUCGCUCUACGCUCAACUGUGGUAGACACAUGUGCGACGAACACUGCUGUGCAGGGGAACAAAAGGCCCGUGAGCGACAAGCGAGCCGGAAGAAGGGCAGACCUUUUGGUUCCGCACCACGCGCGGCGGCAGAGGGCUACGAAGCUGAGCACAUCUGCACUCGGCAGUGCGGCCGGCCACUCAAAUGUGGCAACCACUCUUGCGAAGAGCUCUGUCACAAAGGUCCUUGUGGCUCCUGCAGGGAGGCUAUCUUCGACGAAAUCACUUGUCAUUGCGAGCGCACUGUAUUGCAACCGCCACUGCCGUGUGGUACUCAGCCACCCCCUUGUCGCUAUGCAUGCGAACGGCCAAAGAGCUGUGGCCAUCCGCAAGUCGCUCACAACUGUCACUCAGAUGAAGACACUUGCCCCAAAUGUCCAUUUCUCACACCCAAGAUGUGCAUGUGCGGCAAGAAGGCACUGAAGAAUCAGCAAUGCUGGCUUCGCGAUGUCAGCUGUGGCAAUGUGUGCGGCCAGAAACUAAAGUGCGGGGUGCAUUUCUGCCGCAAGCAAUGCCAUCGCAAGGGUCAGUGUGAGGACGCUGGAGGAAAGGCUUGUGCUCAGCCUUGUGGCAAGGAGAAGAAAAUUUGUGGACAUCCGGACGAGGCGCCUUGCCACGCUCCAUUUGGUUGCAAGGAAAUCAAGCCCUGCAAUAGCAAGAUCUUCAUCACCUGCGAGUGUCAAGCGCAGAAGCAGGAGAUCAAGUGCGGUGCGUCAAGCACAACCGAAGGCAACAACCUGAAAUCUCUGCCCUGCACAGAGGACUGUGCGCGACUCGAACGGAACCGCAAGCUGGCAGUGGCAUUGAACAUUGACCAAUCCACCCAUGUUGAUGGCGGCGAUCAUAUUCCGUUCUCAACUGACACUUUAGACCUGUUCGCAGCACAUCCCAAGUGGGGCCAGGUGCAGGAACGAGAAUUCCGCGUUUUCGCCGCUUCCGACGAUGAGAAGCGUCUGCGAUUCAAGCCCAUGUCUGCGCAACAGCGCUCGUUUAUUCACUCUCUGGCAGAGGAUUUUGGCUUGGACUCUGAAAGUCUUGACCCGGAGCCUCAUCGUCACGUCAUGAUCUGGAAGACCCCGCGAUUUGUCUCUGCGCCAAACAAGACGCUCGCGGACUCGUUGAGAUUACGGCAGCAAGCUCAGCGGUCUGUCUAUGCUAGUACCAACGCCUCGGACAACGAGGGCGCGCCAGUAAAGUCUGCGUCAAAGACCUUUGAGCCAUUCAACAGCUUUCGCAUCAUCAAGCCACGCUUUGGGCUUACGAUUGAAGAGGUCCGAUCGGAAGUUGAAACAGUCUUGCGUACUGCCUAUCCAUUCACCUUCGAUAUCGAGUUUCUGCCCAGCGAGGACGUUGUGUUGAAGGCUAUCAGUCGCACGCUGUCAGCUCAAGAUCUCGAGCGUAUGUUGCUCAAUCUGAAAGAUCCACUCGGUACCAAGAUUGCCGAUCGUAGUUAUGGUAGUAUGCAGCUAUGCACGACCGAUAGCUCACUCAAUAUCACGCGCUUCGAGUCCGAUGGCAUGGGUAGCGAUGGCUGGUCGAGAGUUGCUGCCAAGAAGUCGGCGCCGAGGAUCGCACUCCAAAGCAACACUUAUGGUACUACCAAUGCCUUUUCCGCGCUAUCCGGAGGCAAAGUCACAUUCGCGAAGAAGGCUCCGCUGGCCAAGGUAGUGAAGCGCAGACCUGCGCCGGUCGUGGAUGAUUGGGAAGCAGCGGAAGUGGAAGAAGAGGAAAAAGAGCGCAUCGCGUAUGCUAGUGCGAGCGAGGGAGAAGCACUGGGCGUCGAGAGAUCUCGAGACCCGCUCCCUCUGGAGGGUUCCAGUAGUGACGAAAGUGUUGCAGCGGAGACCGCAGUAGCAAAGGUUGAUGAGACGAUUGAUGAGGGCGCCGAGACACGAGACUGGGCUGAGGGGGUGACACUGGCAGAGCAAACUGGAUGAGUAAAAGACGAGUUGUGUGAUGAAAAUGGCACUUUACUUCCUCCGAAUGGAUGUUGAAUCCACUGUACCAUCUCGUCGAAGAUGACAGGCCCUGGCAGGAUCUUAUCGCCGUCCUCAACACCAAAAUACGAAGAUUACUCUGCUGCUACAAAUGACAUAUGGAAGGUACAACCAAUGGAUAUAUCUGCGGUCACACAGUGUCGCUGAUAGUACCAUUGUUCCCUUUUUCUGACUCUUGUCUUCCAUGCAGUAUGAAUAUGUCCUACGGGCUGUACCAACAGUACGGAACAUCGGCCUAUUUUGACAACAUCUUUUGACCAGAAUAUGGUUUAGGGCAUAUGCGUAUACCUCAGACUAUGCUUACCUAAGAAUACACUUAUAUCUCUCUCUUCCUAGUAUAAAACGACUUCCGAUGCUUGCAAAGCAAAAUAUAGUUUAGGUAAGAGAGGAGGCGCGCUUAAUAGCCCUAAGACUUGCCUAUUAGAUAGUAUGGAACGUCGUUUAAUAGAUAGACAAAUCCUUU